CUACUGGAUCCCAAUAUAUCAUCUUUGCUUCGACCCUCCUCUGUCCAGACUCCUACAACCGAAGACGGUACAUAUUGCGCAUAGAAAAUCUAUCUUCUUGUUGAAACGUGACUUGUGUUGUAUCUGUUGUCUCCCCCGUAUUACACUCAAUGUGAUGGAUGCACAGGAACCUAACCUACCCUUAUACUGCGUUAUUGUGACAAAUAACGUCUCUUUACGACCUACUUCUUUAGUUGUAGCUGUUAACAUUAGGGAUUUUUUAGGGGGACUUCCCCUUGCCGACUGAUGUGUUCCUAUUUGAUGUUGGUUAUUCGAUUGAGCAGAAGCCUUUAUUAACUCAUCUACUGUCUGUGUAAUAUGAACAUGCAACCAGCUCUAUCAUGAAAACCAUGAACAGAAAAAUGAGGCGGAGGAAACUUCAGAAGGAGCGCUGCGUACAACCAUUACCGGAGGGUACUACAAGUACAAGCACAACUACAUCCUUUCGACCUCCUCCGGGACUUGAGGAUCAUGAAGACCUAGCCGAAAAAAAAGAGAGCAAAGAGAAAGAACAAAUAGAUGCACACCAAGAGCAAGCCCAGGUCGCCCAAAGACAUGAGGACUGCGAACAACCACAGCCACAAGCAACUUCCACCGAAACUACCACUACUACCACUACUACUACGUUAAAGUCUCCAGCUCCACAGUAUGCGAACACGAUUUACUCAAUCUAUGCUGACUACGAUGAAGAAGGUGUCUGGGUUUACCAGUCUUUUUACAGUCAUCGGAAAGCAGACUUUGUUAAGGCAACCCGCUACGGAGCAUCCCCUUCUAACAGUACAUCAUGACCACAAUUGGCUCGCUUUUUCUCGAAUAGCUCGUUGAGUUAAUAUCUUACUCAGUAUUACAAUUACCACUAGACUAGCGGGUAUAAGUCGUCGGGGAAAUCUUCGGCAGAUUGCCGCGAAGAUGCGCCCCGUUGCUACUGCUACACAUCGCGCAGUGUCCUUCCUCGGUGAAAAUUCGGAUCGCCCCUCCAUUGAUCAACACCGGCGUGAUUGACAUGCUGCAGGGCCUUGAAGUUGAACCUUAACACACCAGGGAAGCGUGGCACCACAAACACAAAAAGAACCGUGUCCAUGAAGUAGAUCUAGAUCCCACUUACUUUACUUUUAGAUACUACUCAUUGUUAUUCAUGCCGUUCGAUCUACAUACCUUACUUUUUAACCCUUCUAAUUAUGCGGUGAAGAACCAGACACUGAUAGGGUGCGAUGGGUUCAACUCAACUGCCAUCCGAUGGAUCAUGCCCGGUUUCGCAUUGGCGCUGCGCCAGUCUGAAUAUGCGAGGAAGCAAGAUCAAGAGCGCAUCUUGAAUUAUGAAUGUUGAUAAGCAUAGUCACACCAGUAUAUUCGAAAACUCAAAAUAUGCGAGUUACUGACCGAAAUGUGAGAGUCUUGACUACAUUCCUCUUCUUUCAGUAAUAUCUCUCUUAUUUUCACUAGUUACUCGCUUAUUUCAGUUUAUCGAAGGUGCCGAGUGAAAACGGGACCUGGUUAUUGGUGCUCUCGUGAUAUGAAGUAAAGAUGGACGUGGAUCCAGCGGACUAAGAAUCUACUUCUGUUCUACACACUGCUAUUAGAGCAGAAGUGCUUUGCUGGCUCUAAUCGAAACUGAAAAUCUCCCAUGAAGCACUAUGCGCUAUGCUAGAGCUGUGCUGGGUUGGUAGCGGUGGAGGUGGGAGUAGUGGACACGUGGAUUGGCAACCCGAAUCAUAUCUGUGGGAGUGUACUGCAGACACCGGGAAAGUAGGCAGAAUACCAAGAAAAAUUAAGGGGUCUAGUUGUGCCAGUACUUGUCACAAGUCUAUGAGUUAUUCCAUCUGCAGAUGUAACUGGUACCAUCACCAUGUACUGUUCGUUAGAGCAAGCAUCGUAUGCGCUUCUAGCGCUUCUACGGUAUGUGAGUAGUGCCACCGAUGAUCCUGAGUAGUUAGAGCUCGUCACUCGAAUCUCCCAUUUCGAGACUCUGGAAAUGUAAACAUGGUUAUCUCAUCUGUAUGGGAGUGGGACAGUGACAAUCCCAAGGAGAUCACUAUCUUCUAAUAAGAUGACGCGCCGGCGGUCGCUUCAUCUUAGAAUUGCCAGAGAAGUGAGUCGAUUCUACACAGAGUCCAUCUUGCGGAUCGAAGAUGUCACGCAUCUCGCACAUGCAGUGCAAGUAGCUCAUAUGCACAUGAUGGUUCUCAACAGAGAAGCAAUGUCCUUAAGACAAGAUAAUUCUUAGAGUGAAUGGAGAGCCAUUUUCUUCGUCAGAGGCUCUUCCUAGUACUUGGUACAGCUGUUUUCCUUAGAUGAUGUGGGGAGACUCGUCAAUAGUAAGUAGUAGAACGCAGCUAGCUUAACCCUUCUUGUCAGUUUUCCUAAGCGACGACCAGGGAAAACAAGACGCAGCCAAGGAUACAACAUCAACAGUCUGUAGGUCACCUUCAGUGAGGACUCGAACUUCAACGCGAUAGCUCUCCCUUCUCCUCAAAGGACCCAUUAUAGAAAUACCAAAAUAACCGACUCAUUUUCAUCCCUCGCCUUACUCCCUUGAGAAGCAGGUCUCGUCUUACUUAGUACUAACUCCCUUCAACACCAACACGAACACGAUUCACAAUUUCUAAUAACAUCCGAAGAAUCAAAGAGAAGCUUUGUGCUGGGUUUCCUUAAAGAACAUAAACUGGAAAUGCCAAACGAACGACGGUACAUGCCACCGCAUUUAAGCGAUGCUGAAUUGCGGAGGUUGAAACUAAUCGGAAGUGAGCAUAUAGUUAAGACUCCAACUUCUACUAGUGCUCCUGUUGUUGAAUGGCUCUGGUAUUUGGUAGCCUGAUUUUGAUCAGAAGGAAAACAAGAAGAGAAUCCUUGGGAUCAAAUUCAGGCUACCAAAUACCAGAGCCAUUCAGUUGGCGUUGUGAUUGGCAGUGGCCAUAUAGUUAACAAGGUUCUUGUAGGACGAUUUACGAGAACUUGAUUUUUCAGUAGGAGUGCGGUGUAGUGUUGAUGAACUAAACAUACUUAAGGUUCUCGUAGGCCUCGUCUAAUGAAUAGCGACAUGUUGACGAUUGCGCCUUGUCGAACUCGGAUGAGCGAAAUGAUGGAGGCAAUGAACCCUCACGACAACGAGGACGAUAUCCGCAUCGACAGAAGGAGAAAAAUAUUAAAAAAGCAGAAAUCAACUUAAGGCUUGAUAUCCUGCUCUAAUCUAUCCAUUUUUUCUAUCUCUAUGUCAGUCUAUGUCGUAUUAUAGCUGAACAGAUGUGUCAUGGUGCAUCCCAAUACCAAUACAUCAGGUAGGGACGGGAUACUACAACUAUUAAGGCAUAUUUUGUUAGUCUUCCCAUUAUAAUGUGUAUACCUCUUCCUUUUUUCCAUCUCUCCUAGUAAAGUUAGGUCGGCUCUAGUACCAUUAGUUACUACUGUAAGGCCUAAAAAAGGAUUUUCGUGCGGUAUCCCUACUGCAGCUACAGCAGGAGCUAUGAGUUGGGAGCGUAGCUUGUCCUCUAAUUAUCGAGAUGGGCAGAGGAGCUCAUGAAUAUCAUCAACAUCAGAUAUGGGCUAUGCACCAGCAGGCGGCGCAGCAGAUGACUGCUCAUGGUGUGUAGGCAUUGGCAUAUCCGGGAGCAGUCGGCCCUUAUAGUUAUCCCUCGUCGUGAGUAGGACAAUUCAGCAACAGGUCAUCAGGUAGCACAAGUACGAGAAGUACAACACGAGCUAUCACAUCAUAAUGAUCAAAUUCGAAAGUUAGAAACGAUACAUGGAACAAUUAAUUUGCUUGUCGGACAACUUGCUACAAGUGACACGAUGAGAAAGAGUCAGACUUAAUCAUGUGCGUCUAUUUUCAAAAAACGAAUUUUUGGACACAACACUUUUCCAGUGCAAGUAUUACAGUUCGCGGUCAUGAUCAUUUACUUAACAGGUUCAUAAGAACGGUAGUUAUCAUGAUAUAGAUGGUUACAUCAACAGGGAAUACAUCUACUUAGGCAUUUUUUUAAUAUUUAUUCCCCAAUGCAUAGAAACAUAGAUUUUUGGAAUCAUGAUCAGGAAAAGAUGGUCCUCAUGGUUACAACUGAUAUAGCUGAACAGAAGCACUAAAAACAUUUUCCUUAGUCUAAUAGAUUUUUUUAUCACCACGCGUGCGAAAUUGUGAAGGAUGAGGUGGCUGUAGUAGUGGAGUCAGGAAUUGUAUUGUCAUUGUGGACUUCCAGUGAAAGGCGAAGAAGACUACUUGGAAAAGAAAGUGUCGCGCAUGCGGAAAGAAAGAGAUGUUGGAGGUUCUGAAAAUAGAUUCACAAACCGCC